AUUCAACAGGAUCUUACAAAACCCUAAUGCAUCGCAACUACUUAAAUCUCUCUACCAGAGCCGCUGCACUCGACAGUCUCCUUGGCCGACGACUGAUUUGAUUUCUUCAAGGUUUCGAAUAUCAACCCAUCUCGGAGAUGGGUGAGGAAGUGAAGGGAGCAGUUGUGGUUCCAGAGUCGGUGUUGAAGAAGAGGAAAAGAGAAGAAGAAUGGGCUCUUGCUAAGAAACAAGAUCAGGAAGUUCAGAAGAAGAAGGCAGCUGAGAAGCGCAGGUUGAUUUUCAGCAGAGCUAUGACGUAUUCGAAGGAGUAUGAUGAGGAGCAAAAGAAGUUGAUUCAAUUGAAGCGUGAGGCGAAAUUGAAGGGAGGGUUCUAUGUCAACCCAGAAGCCAAGCUGCUGUUCAUCGUUAGGAUUCGCGGUAUCAAUGCAAUGCACCCAAAGACCAGGACAAUUUUGCAGCUUCUGCGUUUGAGACAGAUUUUCAAUGGUGUUUUUCUGAAAGUAAACAAGGCAACCAUGAAUAUGCUGCACAGGGUUGAGCCCUAUGUGACCUAUGGUUAUCCAAACUUGAAGAGUGUCAGGGAAUUGAUUUACAAGAGAGGUUACGGGAAAGUAAACAAGCAGAGAAUUGCUUUGACUGACAACUCGAUAAUUGAACAGGUCUUGGGCAAGUAUGGAAUCAUCUGUAUGGAAGAUCUCAUUCAUGAAAUCAUGACUGUUGGGCCCCAUUUUAAGGAGGCUAACAACUUCCUAUGGCCCAUCCAGUUGAAGGCACCUCUUGGUGGUUUGAAGAAGAAAAGAAAUCACUAUGUUGAAGGUGGUGAUGCAGGGAACCGUGAAGAUUAUAUCAAUGAGCUUAUCAGGAGGAUGAACUAGAUUUCUGUGGUGCCAUUAUUAGUCUGCUACUUGACGUACCGAGUUGUUUGCUGUUCUAAUUUUUAUCAGACAUUUGUUUCUUUUCUGGAUAGAGUAAUCCAAGUUGAUUGGCAGUUAUGUUUCUUUGACAUGGUUUCUGACUAUCUUUUUGUUCAAUACUUGGCUUAUAUUUUGCUCUCUCUGAAUGUGUUUGCCCUGCCACUGGAUACACUACUAUUUUCGUUAGGUUUAAUUACAGAUGAGUUUUCAGAGCA